AUGGAAUCUGUGGCACUCUAUAGACAAGACAUCCAAAAUGAUAAGAUUUGGGAAAACUUGGAUGAAAUCAAUUCAUCAAAGGCAAAGUCUUAUUUAAUUGACUUGGAAUUAGAUAUUAAUAAGAGGGAAGCUGUCUACCAAAUAACGAAAGAGGGAUUUAAAGUAGCACAACGAGGAUUACAAGAAUACUCUGACGCAGAGAUUAUUAAAAAAGAAAACCGUAAAAACUCUCAUCAAUAUAAAGAAACAUUUGAUGAUAAUGGAGAUAUUAUAACUGAUGGUAUCAGUGGUACCGAUAGUAAUUUGCAAAAAGCAGUAGCGUCUAUGGCUGGAAACGUGGAAAGUGAUGCGUUGGCAAUGGAUGAUUUUGAUUUGGAAAAAGUUUUCGAAAAAUACACUGAUGAAUGUGAAAAUGAAUUUGAAUUAUUCCAGAAGCAACAUGGAAGAAAUUUAUCUUGGACACUUAUCCUGAUCAGAAAAUAUAAAAAGAAUGGGAAGAACCAAUUAAAACCAAAAAACACACUCGCCGAUUGGGAAAAAGCUUGGCACGGACUUUUUGACGAAAGAGAAAGUAACGAAGAUCUAGUGAUAAAAGAAAUAUUACACAAUAUACUCUCUCCAUAUAUUGAAGCUUUUAAAGCACCGUUUAACAUAUUAAAAUCCGGCGAUCUCGAAGAACGGCAAUACAGCACACAAUUUUCUUCAGAAGCAGCAAAUAUCGACGAACAGACAGGACCACCAGAUGUUAAUGAUAUCACCGAUUUUUACGCCCGUGGUUACAAGUUGGUUCGAACCAUUCGUGGUGUCCUGAAUCAGCGAAUAAUUCUUCGUCCUAACAACGGCAUAAAUGAUUACAAUAACUUGGUGAGUUUUGGGGCUCUGGGACAUCGCGAUGAGGAAAGCGAAAAAGUGAAGCUUCACCUCUCAGAGAUGUGUGCCAGCAGUCACAACUCAGGAGUCAUAGUUAAGAAGUCGUCGUCAUGA